AUGAGAACACAAUGGCUGCUCCCCGUCCUGGGGUUCUGCACAUCGUCGCUCGCGGCUGGCAACGGCCAGGCCGAACAGCUGCGUCAGUGGUUGCACGGCAGGAGCUCGGCCGACGUCGAGCCCCAGGCCUUUGACGAGCCGGCCAUCCACGGGAGGGCUAGCGCGGAUUAUCGCUUCCUUAACAACCAAACGGAGAAGUUUGCCGUCAAUGGCACUAGCAUCCCCGACGUCGACUACGACGUAGGCGAGUCGUACGCCGGCCUAUUGCCUAUUUCCGAUAAGAAGGAUGAGCGCGACCACCUAUACUUUUGGUUCUUCCCUACCGUCAACGAGGAGGCCAAGAAGAAGAAGGAGAUUGUUAUCUGGCUCAAUGGCGGCCCCGGCUGCUCGUCCCUAUUGGGCUUCCUGCAAGAGAACGGUCCCUUCCAGUGGCAGUCCGGCAUGAUCAAGCCGCAAAAAAAUCCCUGGAGCUGGCACGAGCUAAGCAAUAUUGUCUGGAUCGAGCAGCCCGUCACCGUCGGCUACUCUAAGGGCAACGCUACGGCUAAGAACGAGGACGAUGUGGCGAGCCAGUUCCUCGGUUUCUGGAAGAACUUUAUUGAGACCUUUGGCAUGCGCGGCUGGAAGGUCUACGUCGUGGCUGAGUCAUAUGGAGGCUAUUAUGGUCCCUAUAUUUCGAGCCACAUGGUUAACGCCAACGAUACGCAAAACUAUAACCUUGGCGGGCUGAUGAUCUACGACGGCAAGAUGUUUGACGGCCAGGUCCAGAAACACGUCAUCGUCGAGGCGUUUGUCGAGCAAAAUUAUAAUCUCAUGCCCUUUGACGACAAGCAAAUGGCGCACAUCCAUAACGUCUCACAGAAGUGCGGCUUUAGGGAUUACCACAAGAAGUACCUGGCGUACCCGCCAGUCGGGCUGGCGCCUCGAUACCCGCCAGGUGUGAAGCCUUUCCCAAACGGCACGUACGAGAUAGUUGAAGGGUGCGGCGACCUGUCUGUCUAUGUUCUAAUGACGAUGAACCCAUGCUUCAAUAUCUACAAUAUUGCGGACCACUGCCCGAACGGGUAUAACCCUCUGGGCGAGAAGACGCCCUACUUUAACCGCGACGAUGUUAAGAAGGCUAUUAACGCGCCCCUCGACGUAAAGUGGUCGCCGUGCGUAAACGGCGUUUUCAAUACGACCGACGGAGACGAGUCGGCUCCUCCGGACAAGUACGAGCUGCCAAAUGUUAUCGAUCACACGCACAACGUGAUCCUAGCGCAGGGCAAUCUGGACCUGAUCCUGCCGCUCAACGGCGUGCUGCUAGGCAUCCAGAACAUGACGUGGGGCGGCAAACUGGGCUUCCAGACGCGGCCACAGGACCCCUUUUAUGUACCCCUAUACCGUCAGCGCGGUAGCAUCGACUACUACGGCAAAGCGCUGCCGGCGAGCGCGGGCGUGCUAGGGACGACGCAUCACGAGCGCGGACUGACGCUUGUCGCGUCGCAGCUAGCAGGGCACGAGGGCCCCGAAUACGUGCCGGCGGCGGCGUUCCGGCACCUGGAGAAGCUGCUCGGCCGGGUGCACAGCCUGAGCGACACGGAGCCGUUUACGCUGCCUCAGUUGCGAAACAUCCCGCAGCUGGAGAAGCCGCUAGGCAAGGGAACGGUGCCGAUUCCCUGCUUCGGAAAGGGGUGCUAA